ACUCGCAGCCCCCUCCAGCCUAGUGUAGAGACGGACGAGCAUGUCGGAGGGAGCGACCAGGGAGGGAGAAACUUUACUCUGAUCCACCACGGCCGCCGCGACCUCCUCUGCCGCGUGAAUACCGCUGUCACACCUGGAUUAUAUGCACCUGGGAGGAGGAGAGGAUAUCUUGCAGGCGCAACUCGCCUACAUCGUGUAUUUUUGCACUUAACGCGCUCCGCUGCUGAGCGCAGUUUCCGGAUAUCAGCCCUCUCUGUUUUGGGAACGUUUUGGUUUUGCAUCUGGAUUGUUUCCCCCUUCCUGCAAAAAAAAAGAAAAAAGAAAAAAGGCUUCUAUAUCUCCAACAACAAACAACGGUCCUCGUUUUAAGAACUUAAAUUGUGCAGCCCCUUGUGUUUCUCGGAGAAUGAAGACACGCAGAUAACAAGGGUGAAGACUGUGUCGGGCCAGAGAAGUUGGGCUCUGCGCUCGAGUUCAACAAGGCCACUACCUGAUGAUGACAGUAAACAUGGAUGACGGUCUUCAAAAUGGACCCGGACAGCACAGGAACACACAAGAUGACGAGGAGGCGCUUAACUCCAUCAUGAAGGACCUUGCGGCGCUGGGCCGCUGCUACGCCCAGCACAACAGCCACAAGCCCAAGAACCGAACCCUGCUCUACAAACAGGAUCUAAGAGUCAAGCUGGAGCAUGAGAGAGAGAAACGGAUCAUCCCGUUCCAGAGGCCGCUGAAGAUCAAGGAGCUGCUGCAGAAGGUGACGGAGGCCUUUGGCCAGCAGAUGGACAUGUUCUACACAGACAAGGAGUUGGUGCUGCCUCUGAAGACGCAGGAGGACCUAGACCGGGCCGUGCUGACGGUGGGCUCCAACGCGGGGGUCAACAGCCUGCUCAGAGUCCUGCUCAAAACCCCUAAGAACAACCAUUACCUGCAGGUGAACAGCAGGGACAAGCAGAGCGAGAUGAGGUCUUCUCGGUCGCUGGGAGAUCUGAAGGGCUCCCUGCUGAAGGGCUCGGAGAGGGUGCGCAAACACUCGACAGGUUCUCUCCACACUGGCCGCACGUCUCCGCCUCCGGGCAGCGUCCCCGAGGAGCAGCAGCAGAUCGCCCGGCAGGGCUCCUACACCAGCAUCCACAGUGAGGGCGAGUUCAUCCCUGAGAUCCUGGACCAAAAUAUGCUGGAGCCCUUUGGGAGUGCAGACAACUCUCUCUCAAGCAGCUGUCAAUCAAUAGAUCAAGCACUGGACAGUCCUCCUUUCUCGCAGAACAACCGUGACAACAAUUACCUGAACCUCAACUACGAAUACAAAGGUCGACAUGGGAAAGGAGGGACAUUCCCGCGCCAGUUUCAGUUGCCCAAUCGCAGCAAGGACUACGGUGAUGGUCGUAGGACCUUCCCACGAAGCUUCAUGCCCCAGGAGAAUCUCUUCCAGCUCGUUCCAUCCAGCCGCACGCGAAGCUACAACGGGGACAGUACUCUGCAAUACAGCGACCUGCGCACGCUGGGCCGGGCCACAGACAAGAGCUGCCCGCGCAGUACGCCCAAGUCUCCACGGGCGCCUGUGAAUUGGCGGCAGGGAAAGCUUCUGGGGCGUGGUGCGUUUGGGGAGGUCUACCUCUGCUACGACGCCGACACGGGCCGUGAGCUGGCGGCUAAACAGGUGCCCUUUGACCCGGAUUGUCAAGAAACAAGCAAGGAGGUGAAUGCUCUGGAGUGUGAGAUCCAGCUGUUGAAGAACCUGCGUCAUGAGCGGAUUGUCCAGUACUACGGCUGCCUGCGGGACCUGGAGCAGAAGAAGCUCACCAUCUUUGUGGAGUUCAUGCCCGGGGGCUCUAUAAAAGACCAGCUGAAAGCCUACGGGGCUUUGACAGAAAAGGUGACUAGGAGAUACACCAGGCAGAUCCUGCAAGGCGUCUUCUACCUGCACAGCAACAUGAUUGUACACCGAGACAUUAAAGGUGCUAACAUCCUGAGAGACUCCUCGGGGAAUGUGAAGCUUGGGGACUUUGGGGCCAGCAAGCGUAUCCAGACCAUCUGCAUGUCUGGCACCGGGAUCAAAUCUGUCACCGGCACCCCCUACUGGAUGAGCCCAGAAGUCAUCAAUGGAGAGGGAUAUGGCCGAAAAGCUGAUGUAUGGAGUGUUGCCUGCACUGUUGUGGAAAUGCUGACUCAGAAACCUCCUUGGGCUGAAUACGAGGCCAUGGCGGCCAUUUUUAAGAUCGCCACCCAACCCACUAAGCCUACACUUCCCGAAAGUGUGUCUGAUGCGUGCAGGGACUUCCUGCGGCAGGUGUUUGUGGAGGAGAAGUGGCGGCCCACCGCCGAAGUCCUGCUUAGCCAUCCUUUUGUCCAGGGCAGUUUCUGAGGCCUUUAGGACCCCCGACCCCCCCCCCCAACUUUCAGACCCCCACCUACAAAUGUCUGCAAGGCCUCUAAGGCGCCAGUGCCUCCCUUCCAAUCUGGCCCGCCCCUGUCCUCAGGGCCCCACCUCUACUCCAGACCCACUCCAACUUCCUGUUCCCGUCAACAGUCACCGGUUUCGCCAGGAGUCAAGAACCUCCCACCCCACCUCCUUCCCUCUUUCACCAACCAGCUUCAUCUUGACUGUUGAUAACAGGAGGCCAGGUUGACGGUUGUUGGACCUCCAUAUUCUCCAAGGCACUGCCGCAGCUUGUUCUCCUUCGGAAGGUGACUGGUGAGCGAGCACUUAUACAAGUCCAGUUAAAUGGAGGCUGUUCUCUUCUUCCCAGUUUGGGAAAAGCGAUCUGGGCCAGAAAGGGCAACAGUGUCUCGCUGAAUCUAGAGCUCAUGGAUUUAAAACAAAACGGUCUGCCUGAAAUGUAUUCUGGGUCCUUCUAUACAGUUAUCCACUGCAGCAGAUCAGUGUCUCAUACCAACAAGGCACUGUAUAAUUGUGACUGUUUAGCUGAAAUUGAUCACAUCUGAUAGUACUGUAUGUUGCUCAUAAACCUUAAGGUAGCUAGGAGUGAAAAUCCGACGGUAAAAUAUUUUUCUACAUGAGCAGAAAAUAAAUACGUUGUGACCUUACCCAGAGGGGUUUCGUCUUGUCACCAGACAUGUAAAUGCUUUUGUCAAAACGCCUUACAAUAGCAAUUUGUAAGUAAGAAUGUCUUUUUUAUGCAUCUUUAUUGGGUUGCCAUUACCCAGGAUUCAUAGCACUCCGCCCCAUUUGAAAAGGAGUACAUUGUCAACCAUUGCACUUUUGAUAUCAUGCAUUCAAAGAUCUCCAACAUGCAGGAUAAUCAGUCAAGAAAAUAACAUAUUUUUCUAUGUGAUGUUUUUUAAUAGAAAUUUCAUGACAACUUGUAAUUUACUGCAGUGUAGACAAAAGCCAACCAAACUUUUGUAUCCGUGUGCAAUGUUAAUAUCUACGAGCAAUACCAACGCUGCUGUUGGCUCUAGUUUGUUAAAUCCAUUCCAGUGCGUCCCCGUAGUGAGCCCCGAUCCAUGCAGAACUGGCCAAAGACGAAUGAAACACGGUGAGAUUAAGUCAGAAGAACACAGAGGAAGAAGAAAAACGUUUUCGUAGGUUAAUUCAACGUGCAGUAUUGUAGUUCUUUAUUAUUUCCCCCCUCGCCCUGAAGCCCCGUAACCUUUUCUGUGUGUGGCAGCUUUGUGCAUUUGUGUAUACUGCACAGACCAGAUCCAGUGUAUUCACAUUGUAGCGUCUCGCUAUGGAGAGCAUCAUGAGACGACAUAACGGUAUGAGCUGUUCCUGGUUCUGGCUGUAGUCUCUGUUGUAGCUUUGACGUGGAUCAAAUCACCCCCUUUGCCUUUUUUUUUUUUUUUUUUUUUUUUGGUCUUUGCUUUUUACACUAAGAAUGGCUCAUUCAGUGGCUGGAUGGCAUGGUGCGUCCCACCCUGAAUAACGUAACACAUAAAACAGUGACCCCCGUUUACACUUGGUUUUAGAAUGUGUUUUUUUUGCAAUCAGAUCACAAGUGGACCGCGCUAAAUACAAGUGUAAACGACCACCAAAACGUUUUGGAAACCGGUUACUCAGACCACUUGCCGAGGUGGUCUGGGACGCAUUUGACCACACAUCUUUUGUAGCGUAAACACUAAUGCAUCCUGAUGUGUCCCCGACAAGGACGUAACAGGAAAUCUUCUUCUUUUUCCUCUGGAGUAACAAAAUCUGAUCACAAGUGGUCCGCAGGACAUAUUUGGAGACGCAUGAUAGACACAGGUGUAAACGGCGAGGUGUCUCGCGGUCCACUUGUGAUCCGAUCACCCGGAACGCAUUUUAAACCCAAUUGUAAACAGGGUCAUUGUGUGUGUGUCCCCCGUAAAGGGCCUGGGUUGUAAAAGGCCGAGCGCUGCGUCUGACAAGUGGGGACGAGCCGAGAGGAAACUUAAUUGAUCCCCGCGGGGAAAUAGAGGAGAGGUGGGUGGAGGAAGUAUAACGGCGAGCUAUAAUACACUGACACAUAAAAAAAGAGGAAUGAUCCAAUCUGUUUGACCCUUGUCAGUGCCUUACCUGAUUGUGUUCAUAAAACACACAACGCGUUCACCGCCAAAGUGGAAAAGCAUUUUAAUUAAGGUGAAUUGCUUUUCAAUACGGAAGCACAUGGGCUUUGUUGAAGUUGUUAUUUUCAUAUAUAUAUACAUACAUACGUGUAUAUGUUUAUAUAUACGUAUAUAUUAGUAUAUAUGUAUGUGUGUAUAUAUAUAUGUGUGUGUGUAUACAUAUAUACAUAUAUAUGUGUAUAUAAGUAUAUACAUAUAUAUUAGUAUAUAUGUAUGUAUGUAUGUGUGUAUGUAUACACACACACACACACAUAUAUAUAUAUAUAUGUGUGUGUGUGUGUAUAUACAUAUAUAAUAAAUGAUUGUACUGUAAAUACAUAUUGUUCUGCACUUUUGUAUGGAAUUUAUUUAGGUUAUAUACAAAUCUAUUUGAUGAAAUGACUAUGUUAUACAGUAGAUUGUACUGUGAUUUAGACAGAGUAUGAUCUUCUCUUUGAGAGCUGAAAGGCAGUAUGAAAAGGUCGGCAGGCUUUUGAUUGGGGCAGAGAUUUUGUUUUGUCUUAAUGACAAAGCCAUGAAACAUUAAAUGUAUCAAGUAGUUGAUCUUUUGUACAUUUAACUUAAUAAAUGAACGGUCUA